AUGAUUAUAAUUAUUUUAGUCAUUGUGUUCUAAGUUAUAGGAGAAGAGUUAUUAAAUUUGACAACUAAAACAUUCUCAAUUGAAAGUGAAGUGAGUGGAGUCAAAGAAGUUAUUCAAGGAUCACACUAAUUUAUUACAGACUUUGAAAAUGCUGAAUUUGCAAUCAAUAUAGAAUUGCAAGGAAAUAAUAGUUUUCCUUGGGAUAUAUGUUUUUCAAAAUAAGGUUCAGUUGAAUUUGGAGAAUAUGAAAAUCAUCAUACUGUAAUUUAUAAUGCUACACAUAAUCCUGAUGAAGAACAUGCAAAUGAUCCAUCAUAUUAUUUAAGUACACCAAUAUUGGUUAAUAUGGUAAUAACAAAAUAAGGUAUAUUGAUUGCAACAAGUGAUCAUACUUUAUUGAAUUAUAACAUUACAUAAGAUUCAUAAAGUAAAGUUGGAUUUAAUACAAAACUUUUAUAAGAAUAUGAUUAUGAUUCCUUAAGAAGUUAAGCAACUGAAGCUGAAGUACCAUAAAUUGUAUAUGUCUCUAUGUUUAAUUAUGUAUAUUUGAUAUAUAGAGAUUAAAUUUUAAAAGGUAAAGUAUAAACCAAUAUGACUUUGUAAAAUUGUUCAAUAGGUAGUGGAUUAGAAAAUGACAAUAAUUUUAUUGGAUAAAUAAAAGUUUUAAAUAAUUAUAUGUUUGUUCCAUUGGGUAGAGAUGGACUAGAUAUCUAUUAGAUUAAUAAAGAUGGUGAUUUAAGUCUUAAAUUAUCUAUGAAUUCAUUUGAUUUCUAUAACAAAGAUUUAACUAUUAGUUUAGUUGAUAUUGUAUUUAGUAAAUCCAGCACAUCUAAUGAUACUUAUGCUUUUAUUUUAGACAGUAUUCAUGGUGUUACAAAGUUUCUUGUUAGAACAAGUGAAUAAUUAAUUACAUUGAGUAGAGAUGAUAAAUUUGGCCUAGUUGAUAUUAAAUCAGGUUUAGCCAUUGCAGUAUAACCUGAUGAUUUUCUAUUGAUUCUUAAAGAAGUGUAAUUAUAAUUUAUAAUCUAUUUAGUGGAAUCAAUCAAUAAUUAGUAGAAAUAGGUUUCAAAGAUGAAGGUUGGUUUGAAGUCAAAACACAUUAUUUGACAGGAUAAUAUUUUGAUAUUAUCAUUUCUUCAGAAUUUGUACUUUUAAGAGGUAAAGAUGAACAUAGAAUUGUGAGAACUGGAGUUUAUGAAGAAUUUGAGCCAGAAUUUAAAUUUUAUACAUAAGAUGAUUAUUUUACAGAAAAAGCCAAUUCAUUUUAUGAAGAUUAUGUCUUUAUUCCAAAACUAUAAAAUGUAUAGUUUUAUGGAUCAAAUUUUUAAACUGAAGGAGAUGAAAAUUAAUGGUCAUUUAAAUAAGAAUAUCCAUUCUUAUUAGGUUUAACUUAACAUACAAUUGUGGAAUUACCAUAUAUUGUAAGAAAUCCUUCUGUUUAUUGUGAACCUAAGUCUGAGUAAGAUAUAGGUAAAAUUUACAAAUAUGACAUAUUAAUGAAUGCUACUUCUUGUCCUGAAAAAGAUAAGUAUUUAGAAGAAAAUCCAACUAUCCCAUAUCAAACUAUUUAAUGUUCAUAUAAGAAUUCAUUUUAAGUUAAAGUUGUAAUGGCUUAAGCAAAGAUAUACAACACUUAAGAAUUAAUUGGAGUUAUUAUUGGACUCGUAAUUCUCUUAGUUCUAUUAGCAUUCUUAUUGGCUUAUUUGUAUAGAAGAUUUAAAGUUAAAGAAGAAGGGUUAACUAGUCAAGUUUAAGGUUUUGAUAAUCAAAAGGGAUAUGAUUUAGAACCAAAUGAUGCUCCUGCUACUCAGGGAUUAUGA